ACCGUAUACGAUUCGAUUACCUCGGAAUUCCAAGAAUUGGUGUCGUCCGCCAAGUUUGAAUUCAAUUGAAGCGAAAAGGAAGAGGAAAGAGUGAAUCCAUUGACGUCGGAGUCAAGGAUGCGAUGUGCGAUCCCUUCAAACCUUCAGCGAUGUCAGGUGAGAUCUUUCAGCCUCUCGAGACUUUCGAGGAGCAGGUGGAGUCCGGGCGUGGCCCCCUGACAUGUCGUCUCUGCACCCAGCAGUAUGACGACCCACGGAUCCUCAACUGCCAUCAUGUCUUCUGUGGAAACUGCCUGCGUGGGAGGGCUGUGGAUGGAUUCAUGACGUGCCCUUUAUGUGGUACUCGUAGCUUCCUGACCAGUGGUUCUAAUCUACCACCAGCUGAUCCUGUCAUCAACUUCCUUCUAAAGUCGUCUGAACAAGAGAGGGCACUGUGUGCUAACUGUGACACUGUUCAAGGUUCUAUGUUCUUCUGCAAUACCUGUAAUCAGGCUCUGUGUGCAUUGUGUAAAGAGGAAACCCAUAUGGCCAAAAUGUUUGCCUCCCAUAAGCUUGUUCCUCUCAAGAAACGAACAAAGGAACAACACAGGAAAUGUGCCAAACACAAUGAUGAUUACAUAAUGUAUUCUACAGAAAAACAAGAGCUGCUCUGCAUCAAGUGCUUCAGAGAUAUUGAAAAGGAUGACAGAGCAUUCUGCCUGGAUCUCGAGUCCGCUUACAAUCAGAGCUGUCGACAACUGGAGGAACGCAUCACAACAAUAAGAGACUUGCAGAGCUCCGUCCAUGAUGCCAUCAUCCUCUUCCAGGCUCUGAUGCAGGAGGUGAGGAGCAAUGCAGAGAAGGAGCGGGUCUCCAUCCAGGAGCUCUGUGCUGAGAUGCAGGAGAGGAUGAUGGAGAAGAAGGAGGAGCUACUGAAGAAUGUUGACAGUCAACAGCUUCAGAAAGAGCAAGCAUUUAAGGACCAGCUGCCGAGUCUUGCCGCCAUGCUUCCUGCUCUCCAGACAUACCUUGCCAUCAGUACCAUGUUUGUUAGCAAUGCCAACAAGUACGAAUUCCUGGAUCUUGGUUCAUCCUUGAAUGGGAGACUGGAAUCCAUAGCCAGCCAGCCUCAUCAGCUUCGGCCGCAGGAGAGCGGGGAUAUCAGUACCGACUACGAGGUGAAGUUUGCUCGAUGUCUUCAACCUUUGCUUCGUAUCCACCUGGAUGAUUGCUCUGAUUGCGGGAGCAGCUCACCGAUCAUCCAUGUUUCCAUGCCGGCAACGAGCACCCCACCACCGCAGCAUCCUCCACCAAGAACCAGAGAGCAGCAGCAAGUGGCACAGUCCCUCUCCAACGCAUACAUCUCUAGCGCCCUCGCUCGUCACUUGUCUCUAACAAACACACUCCAGGACCCCCUGACCAUGAAGGGGACAAGAAGGGGUAGUAAGAUGGCUGCCAGCAUCCGUCAUCGCAUGCAGGAGGGCAACGGCCCCUUUGUAGAACACUGCAAGGCCUUUGAAGCAAAUUUCAGGUUGCUUCAGCAUCGUAUCCAGAAAAUGAAGGAACAGGUUCAGGAGAUCCACAGAGAUAUUACUCGUAGGAAAUGCUUGGCAAAGAAAGAAAAGGUGAUGGAUGUACUUGAUGAGUGCAGUCAAGUUGAAAUCCAGAUCGGUACACAUACUGCUACGCUAGAACACAUGAAGGUCAUCUUUCAAAAGAUAUGGCAGGAGAUGUUGGAUAGGGUCUCUAGCGAGCAGGAAAUCUAUCAGACUCAUCUUAAAGACAUGAACUACCUCAAACAGGAAAACAGCCACCUAGCAACCAUUGCUAGGCAAAUAGCACCUUAUAUUAAAUCUAUUGAUACCAUUACCAAGCAGAUAGAUCCAAGGAGAGCAACAGACAGUGAUGAGAAUCAAGACAGCACCAGAUGACAUCGGCUGUUUGUCGCCCUCUCUUGUCACCACCUUGCAUGAACUUUCAAGCCUUGACUUCCCAUUCCAUAACUCUUGCAAUGCCUCUGUGUGAUUUUCAACUAAUCUUGUGUCUGGGGCUGUUGCCAGUAGCGACCGACUUCUCCUCAUGUAGAAGCAUGGAGAGCAACAGACAGUGAUGAGAAUCAAGACAGCACCAGAUGACAUCAGCUGUUUGUCGCCCUCUCUUGUCACCACCUUGCAUGAACUUUCAAGCCUUGACUUCCCAUUCCAUAACUCUUGCAAUGCCUCUGUGUGAUUUUCAACUAAUCUUGUGUCUGGGGCUGUUGCCAGUAGCGACCGACUUCUCCUCAUGUAGAAGCAUGAUCAAGAUCAGCCAGUCCACAGGAGAGUGAUGAUGAAGUGGCAGAGGUCAGUUCUGUGCACGUCUCAAAGCUUGUACUUACCAGUAAUG